UAGUGCGCCUGCGCUUUGGCCGCCGCUCGUCAGUCGGCCGGGUGUCAGGCUGUGGUGCCUCUCACUCGCGCCCACCAUGGCGCAGAUUCUUCCCAUUCGCUUCCAGGAGCAUUUGCAGCUCCAAAACCUUGGAAUCAAUCCAGCAAACAUUGGAUUUAGCACUCUGACCAUGGAAUCUGACAAGUUCAUUUGUGUUAGAGAGAAAGUUGGAGAACAAGCACAGUUGGUAAUUAUUGACAUGAGUGACCCAAUGGCACCUAUCAGACGACCUAUCUCUGCAGAGAGUGCAAUCAUGAAUCCAGCCUCUAAGGUGAUAGCUCUAAAAGCUGGGAAGACACUUCAAAUAUUUAAUAUCGAGAUGAAGAGUAAAAUGAAGGCUCAUACUAUGGCAGAAGAGGUGAUUUUCUGGAAGUGGAUUUCUGUGAACACUGUUGCCUUGGUGACUGAAACUACAGUCUAUCACUGGAGCAUGGAAGAUGACUCCCAGCCUAUAAAGAUGUUUGAUAGACUUGCCAGUCUGGCUGGGUGUCAGAUGAUCCAGUACCGUACUGAUGCACACCAGAAGUGGCUGCUUCUCAUUGGCAUCUCGGCUCAGCAAAAUCGUGUGGUUGGGGCAAUGCAGCUCUACUCUGUGGAGAGGAAGGUCUCACAGCCCAUAGAAGGCCAUGCUGCUGCCUUUGCAGAGUUCAAGAUGGAGGAGAAUGCCAAGCCUUCCACCCUUUUCUGCUUUGCUGUCCGCAGUCCUACAGGAGGCAAGUUGCACAUAAUCGAAGUUGGACAGCCUGCAGCAGGAAACCAGCCUUUUGUAAAGAAAGCUGUGGAUGUGUUUUUUCCUCCAGAAGCACAGACUGAUUUUCCAGUGGCUAUGCAGAUUGGAGCUAAUCAUGGUGUUAUCUACUUAAUCACAAAGUAUGGCUACCUUCAUAUGUAUGACCUAGAGUUUGGUGUGUGCAUCUACAUGAACCGUAUCAGUGCUGACACAAUCUUUGUAACUGCUCCCCAUGAACCUACCUCUGGGAUUAUUGGUGUGAACAAAACAGGACAGGUGCUGUCAGUUUGUGUUGAAGAAAAGAACAUUGUGAACUAUACAAUCGGUGUGCUUCAGAAUCCAGACCUGGGUUUGCGCUUGGCUCUUCGUAGUAACCUGCCUGGGGCAGAAGAAUUGUUUGUGAGGAAAUUCAGUACUCUAUUUGCACAGGGUAACUAUGCUGAAGCUGCCAAAGUAGCGGCAUCUGCACCACAGGGAAUUCUGCGUACCAGUGACACAGUCCAGAAGUUCCAGAGUGUACCUGCCCAACCAGGCCAGCCAUCUCCUUUGCUCCAGUACUUUGGAAUCCUGCUUGACCAGGGUCAGCUCAAUAAACUUGAAUCCUUAGAGCUUUGCCGGCCGGUUCUUCAGCAGGGACGCAAGCAACUCUUAGAAAAGUGGUUAAAAGAAGAUAAGCUGGAGUGUUCAGAGGAACUGGGAGAUUUGGUCAAAACUUCUGACCCUAUGCUUGCUCUAAGUGUGUACCUUCGAGCAAAUGUGCCAAGCAAAGUUAUCCAGUGUUUUGCAGAAACAGGCCAAUUCCAGAAAAUCAUGCUGUAUGCCAAAAAGGUUGGAUAUACCCCAGACUGGAUCUUUCUGCUGAGAAGUGUGAUGAGGAUCAGUCCCGACCAGGGUCUGCAGUUUUCUCAAAUGCUGGUGCAGGAAGAAGAGCCUUUGGCCAACAUUAAUCAGAUUGUGGACAUUUUCAUGGAAAACAGUUUAAUUCAGCAGUGUACUUCCUUCUUGUUGGAUGUCUUGAAGAAUAAUUGCCCAGGCGAGGGGCACCUCCAGACUCGGCUAUUAGAGAUGAAUCUGAUCCAUGCACCCCAGGUUGCAGAUGCCAUCCUUGGAAAUCAGAUGUUUACACAUUACGAUCGGGCGCACAUUGCCCAGCUCUGUGAGAAGGCAGGUCUCCUUCAGCGAGCACUGGAGCACUACACUGACCUCUAUGACAUCAAAAGGGCUGUGGUCCAUACUCACCUCCUCAAUCCUGAGUGGCUCAUCAACUUCUUUGGCUCCUUGUCAGUGGAGGACUCUCUGGAGUGUCUUCGUGCCAUGCUGUCUGCUAACAUCAGACAGAAUCUUCAGCUGUGUGUGCAGGUGGCCUCCAAGUACUAUGAGCAGCUGGGCACACAGUCCCUUGUGGAGCUCUUUGAAUCCUUCAAGAGUUAUGAAGGGCUCUUCUGCUUCCUGGGCUCAAUUGUGAACUUUAGCCAAGACCCAGAUGUGCAUCUGAAGUACAUUCAGGCUGCCUGCAAGACAGGGCAAAUCAAGGAGGUGGAAAGGAUAUGUCGUGAGAGCAGCUGCUAUAAUCCAGAGCGGGUGAAGAACUUCCUUAAGGAGGCCAAGCUCCCAGACCAGCUGCCACUCAUCAUCGUAUGCGAUCGCUUUGACUUUGUCCACGAUCUUGUACUCUACUUGGACCGCAACAGCCUGCAGAAGUACAUUGAGGUUUAUGUCCGGAAGGUUAACCCUAGCCGGCUCCCAGCUGUGGUUGGAGGGCUGCUUGAUGUGGAUUGUUCUGAAGAAGUAAUUAAAAACCUGAUUGUUGUGGUAAGAGGACAGUUCUCUACUGAUGAAUUGGUGGCUGAAGUAGAAAAAAGGAACAGGCUGAAGUUGUUGCUUCCCUGGUUGGAGUCCCGGAUGCAUGAAGGCUGUGAGGAGCCUGCCAUUCAUAAUGCAUUGGCCAAAAUCUACAUUGACAGCAACAACAACCCUGAGCGCUUCUUGAGAGAGAAUGCCUAUUAUGACAGCAGUGUGGUAGGCUGGUACUGUGAGAAGAGGGACCCGCAUCUGGCCUGUGUUGCCUAUGAGCGGGGAAAGUGUGACCUUGAGCUCAUUAAGGUUUGCAAUGAAAACUCUCUGUUCAAAAGUGAGGCCCGAUACCUGGUACACAGGAAGGACCCUGAACUCUGGGCCCAUGUCCUUGAGGAGACCAACCCAUCUAGGAGACAGCUGAUUGACCAGGUUGUACAGACAGCAUUGUCAGAAACACAGGAUCCUGAAGAGGUCUCAGUCACUGUCAAAGCCUUUAUGACAGCUGACUUGCCUAAUGAACUAAUUGAGCUACUAGAGAAGAUUGUUCUGGAUAACUCUGUCUUCAGCGAGCACAGAAAUCUCCAAAAUCUGCUGAUUCUGACUGCUAUCAAGGCAGAUCACACACGGGUCAUGGAGUACAUCAGCCGCCUGGACAACUAUGAUGCACCUGACAUUGCGAGCAUUGCCAUCAGCAGUGCACUGUAUGAGGAAGCCUUCACCAUCUUCCGCAAAUUUGAUGUCAAUGUGUCAGCAAUUCAGGUCUUGAUUGAGCACAUUGGAAACCUAGAUCGUGCAUAUGAGUUUGCUGAAAUGUGCAAUGAUCCCGCUGUAUGGAGUCAGCUGGCCCAAGCACAACUUCAAAAGGAGUUAGUAAAGGAAGCCAUUGACUCCUACAUCAGGGCGGAUGACCCUGCCUCUUACCUGGAGGUGGUUCAGGCAGCCAACAGGAACAACAACUGGGAAGAUCUAGUAAAAUACCUGCAAAUGGCCCGGAGAAAGGGCCGUGAGUCCUGCAUAGAAACUGAACUUAUUUUCGCAUUGGCUAAAACCAGCCGUCUGUCUGAGCUAGAAGAUUGUAUUAAUGGGCCCAACAAUGCCAACAUCCAGCAGGUUGGAGACCGCUGUUAUGAAGAGGGCAUGUAUGAGGCCGCCAAGCUGCUGUUUCAUAGUGUUUCUAACUUUGCCCGCCUAGCUUCCACCUUGGUCCACCUGGGUGAGUAUCAAGCAGCAGUGGAUAGCAGCCGCAAGGCCAACAGCACCAGGACCUGGAAGGAGGUGUGCUUUGCCUGUGUGGAUGGGCAAGAGUUCCACCUUGCACAGCUGUGUGGCCUUCACAUUGUCAUUCAUGCAGAUGAGCUGGAGGAGCUGAUACAGUAUUACCAGGAUCGUGGCUACUUUGAGGAGCUCAUCUUCCUGCUAGAGGCAGCCCUAGGCCUAGAAAGGGCCCACAUGGGCAUGUUCACAGAGCUGGCCAUCCUCUACUCCAAGUUCAAACCACAAAAGAUGCCAGAGCACCUGGAGCUCUUCUGGUCCCGGGUCAACAUCCCAAAGGUACCUGUGCCCUCCUCAAGGUUCCAGCUGUCAGGUUCACAAGUGACACAUGCUAAUUCCUCCUGUGUCCACCUCUUUCAGGUGCUGAGAGCUGCAAAGCAGGCACACCUCUGGGCAGAGUUGGUUUUUCUCUAUGACAAGCAUGAGGAGUAUGAUAAUGUCAUCCUUACCAUGAUGAGUCACCCCAUUGAGGCCUGGAAAGAAAGUCAGUUCAAAGAUGUCAUUGCCAAGGUAGCCAAUGUGGAACUCUAUUACAAAGCCCUGCAAUUCUACUUGGAUUACAAGCCUUUGCUCAUAAAUGAUCUACUGAUGGUGCUGUCCCCCCGGCUGGACCAUAACAGGACAGUCAGCUUCUUUUCAAAGGCAGGCCAGCUAUCCCUCGUGAAGCCUUACCUGCGGUCAGUCCAGAGCCACAACAACAAGAGUGUGAACGAGGCACUGAACUACUUGCUGACUGAGGAGGAAGAUUAUCAGGGCUUGAGGGCAUCUAUUGAUGCCUAUGACAACUUUGACAACAUCAGCCUAGCACAGCAGCUGGAGAAGCACCAGCUGAUCGAAUUCAGGCGCAUUGCAGCUCAUCUGUACAAGGGCAACAACCGGUGGGCUCAGAGCGUGGAGCUCUGCAAGAAGGACCAUCUCUACAAGGAUGCCAUACAACACGCUGCAGAGUCACGUGAUCCUGAGCUUGUGGAGAAGUUGUUGCAGUGGUUCCUGGAGGAAGGCAAGCGAGAGUGCUUCACAGCCUCUCUCUUCACCUGCUAUGACCUGCUUCACCCAGAUGUAGUGCUUGAGCUGGCCUGGAGACAUAACCUCAUCAACUUUGCCAUGCCCUACUUCAUCCAGGUGAUGAGGGAGUACGUUAGCAAAGUUGACAAACUGAAUGCUUUAGAGAGUCUGCUCAAGGAAGAGGAGCAUGUUGGGGAGCCCACCCCACUAAUGUUUGAUUUUGAUGGGCAUGAAUGAGAUUCAUCUGAUUGAGCUAAGCCAGCAGCUGAUGCUAACAGCUGGUCCUGCUGCCACCCAGCCCCUGCCAGCUUCCCCCAUGGAUACUGGAUCACUCUUGCCUUCACCCAGCCUCCUGUGUAUGGCUUCAGUGUGUAGUGGGUGCUGAGUCUUCACAUCUCUUCUUACCAAGACAUUACCCUUCCAAGAAACAUGGCACUCCAGAAGCACAGAGGACCUCAGUUGGGAGGCAGGACACCUGGACAUUAUUUAUUUUUGCUGAAGCCUACUGAUGCCACCUUUGAGCUAUUGAAAAGCCUGGGGAGGCCAAAAUAGAUAACUGCUGAGGAAGAGCAACACUAGGUGCCAGCGGGGAGAUGGUUCCUUGUCUGUAGGGCCUCUGGCUGGAGCCAGACAUAGUUAGGGACUUGUCUGCAAGGAUUCCCAGGCAUGUAGAAGGAGGGGUGCUCUCCUGACUCCCAGAUUGGGUCAAGCUCCUCCUCCAAGCCACUUCACAGACACAGCAGGAACACCUCAUUAACAGGAUGCAGCCUCCUGCUGAUCAUGAAUAUUAAAAUCGGUUUUCUCAAGGCAAA